AUGCCCACCCCUUCAAAUGUGAAAGUAUCGAAAGUUAAUGAUGCUGCUCCUGUUAAGAGUAAAAGUUCUGUAGUUUCUCAGGGUCCUCCAGUUCCAGUAAGUAUACCAGAUAUAACAAAUGAAGUGGCUAAGGAAGUUAAGGUUGAAAGAAGAGGUAGGCCAAAGAAAAUACUGGUUGAUGGUAAACCUUCCAAAUCCAAAUAUGUGAAAAAGGCAUUAAGAGUAAAUGCUAAUCCUGCUAUAUCAGGUGAAUCACUUGAUGGUAAAGUUGUGAAGGAACUCAAAGUUUCAAAGGCAAAGGCAAAGACAGCAGCAAAAUUAGCAGAUAAUAAAAAAUCCAACGAAAUCUUACCCUUGAUUAGAAAGGAUCCUCGAGGUAGAAAGAGAAAGCAUCCAUUGGUUCAAUCAUCGAAUGAAGUAGGAUCAUCGUUGACUUCUAUUAUAUCAAAUCUGCCUGUAUCUCCCGGCUCAUAUAUCGCAUCAGAAGGUUCAACUGCACCUUCAUCCGCUGAUUCGAAACCACUUGAUUUAUCAAACAUGUCAGUAACUUCAUUAACAACCAUAACUAGUCCUUCACCAUCAGGUGAUGAAAGUGGACCCCCUAUUAAAAGAGCUAGAAAGCAAUCGAAUAUAACAUCAAUAAUAUCUCAAAGAAUAGAUGAUGAUGAAUAUCCUCCCACAGAAGAACGUGUAGCCACAGAAACAAUCCCUAAAACCAGAAGGAAAUAUAAUAUUGAUCGUGAUAAUAUCAAAAUAAAUAAAAGAAUAAUGAGUAAAGAUACUCAUCAAGUUAUUAGAAUGUUUAAGAAAUUCGAUAAUGAAGUUUUAACAAACCCUGAAGCAAAACAAUUAUUAUUAUCUUUAGGAUUUGAAACUAGAAAAAGAUAUAUAACAACUUUCAAACAUUUCAUGAGAUUCUGUUGCUCAAAGAAUUUAGAGAACUUUUUUGUAACUGGUGAAUUAAUGAAACAGUUUUAUGAAGAACAGUUCUCAAAGAGUUCAAGUGAUAAUCCCAUUAUACGAUUAAGAAAAAUGGAUCCUGCUUUUAGUAAAUUGCAAGAAAUUAAUUACUUGGUUUAUAAAUUGCCAUUUAAAGAAAUCCCUAAUCGACAAGUUGCAUUUAAUUAUUUGUUGUAUACUGAAGCCGGAUAUUCGAAUCAGCAGCAGCAGCAGCAGCAGCAGCCAUUGGACCAGCAACAGUCACUUGCAGAAGCUGAAAGUACUGGACCCGAUUCAGAACAACAGUCUUCUGCCAGUCCCAAAUCAAAUAUAAAACCUCCUUCAGCACCUCCACCUAAAAGGACUAGUAAAUCUAAAAAGAAUAAUGGAUCUAGUACUGCCAGACUUCCACCAGCAGAAAUCCCAGCUGAAUCAUCACGCGUACAACCCAUUGCCAUUGCUGGUCCACCAUCUGUUCCACCACAACAUGAUGCAGGUAGAGAAAGUAGUCGUCGUGUAAUAGCGUAUCCUCAUAGGGUACUAGAAGAAGAAGGGAGUUAUGUUAUUCCUCAACAAAAUCAUGAUCCAAGAUUACUUCCUCAACCAAUUCCUCCUCAGCCUAUAGCACCACCGCCAGUAGUAACAAUGCCACAUCAACAACCACUUCAACAGCUGCCACUUCAACAACAUCAACUGCCUACCAAUCAACAUCCGCCACCGAUUCAACUUCAACUCCAACAACAAAUUCCUCAACCAGUUCCAAGCAGAAGAGCACUCAGGAAAGAAUUGAUUCUGAAUAUCAAGAAUCAAUUUGUAGAUACAAGAUCUGAAAUUCUUAAGAAUAUUACCGAUUCUUUGACUUAUAUUAAUGGCUCUCAUCAAUUGAACAUGCAAGAUAUUGUUGGUAAUUAUGGAUUUCUUUAUCAACAGAUCAAUCGUAGUCUAGAGAAUUAUAGUGUAUAUUUGGAUCAAUGCUUGAAAGUGAAUCCUUCGUCCAAUGGAUUUAGAAUGAUCGAAGGAGCUUAUCAACAAGCUCAACAGAUUCCUUUAUAUCAGCAACCAGGAUUAAUUAAUACACUCAUGCCACCACCUCAAGGAUUGCAAAAUGUUCGCCCUCCUGUUUUGGAUAUGAAUCAUGACAUAUAUACUGUUUAUGAAAUCAUUGAAGAAUGGUAUGUAAUUGCUCCUUCAAUCGAAUACAGAUUGAAUAGUUGGGGUGAAUAUUGGAUUAAAGAUGAAAUUGAUCAUGAAGCUUAUUUAGAUCGUAAAUCCAUUGUACAUUUUGUAGAAAGAUUAGCUAAUGAAUUGAAAGAGGAUAAAUUCCGAGUGGCUAAUAUUUGUGAUAGAUACAUUCAUGACAAACUGGUUCUUGAAGAGUUCAUUACAGAGAUCGAGUUGGAUGAAGAUGACUUGUUUAAGAGGCUUUUACGUUAUAGGAAACGUAAAGGUUAG